AUGUAUAACAGCUUAGAAAGAUUCAUCUCAACUGCUGAAAGAACUGGAUUUGAUGAAGAUCAUAGACUCGUUGGCGAUUUGUAUCCAUAUACUAGCUACGGAUAUUCAUUACUUGAAUUAUGUUGUUAUCAUGGAGCAUUUGAUUGUUUUAAGUUAUUAAGAACGAAAUUCAGCUCACACAUAACUCAAUCGUGUCUUCAAUUUUCAUUUUUAGGAGGAAAUCCAGAAAUAUUGAGUGAAUGUAGGUAG